AAAAUACAACCUUGCAAUCCACCACGUGCAGUGUAUGUAAGUAUAUUUCUGUGUAAUUUGUUAUUGUUGAAAAUGCAGUAGCAGAGCUAGUGCUAGUUUGUGCACAAUUUUUAAAAUUUAGCAGAGAAAAAAGUAUUUCAUAUAAUAAAUUAAAAAUGGGCAAAGCUAAGAAGGCCAAAAAAGCUAAUGCUGAUUUCGUUUAUGCAAAGAAAUCGGCUGAUAAGGUAAAUCCGUUUGCCGUGGCAAAGCCUGCAACAAGUAAAAAAUUGAAUCCAUUUGAAGUGCACAUAAAUCGAGAGAAAUUUCACAUAUUGGGUCGCACCUGCAAACAUGAUAAAGGCUUGCCAGGAGUGUCACGUGCUAAGGCGAUUAAAAAGCGGAGAGAAACUCUGGGAAAAGAGUAUCAAGUGAAGCAUAAAACGAAUCAAUUUCGCGACAGACGCAUUGGAAAGCACCUCACUGCUGACGAAGUUGAUGAAGAUGUAUUAAAUGCCAGAUUUGUAGCUGAUAAAAUGUCACAAAUAAAACAAAACAAAGCAUCACGGUUUAAUCUUAAUGAUGAUGAAGUGCUAACACAUCGUGGGCAAACGUUGGAGGAAAUUGAACAAUUUCGUGAUGAUCGGUCAGAUGAUGAGGACAAUGAAGGAUUAGAUGCUGAUUUCACUGAAGCUGCACAUUUUGGUGGUGAGGAAGGAGACAACAAAGACAGGAAAACUGCAAUUGAUGAAAUGAUAUUGGAACAAAAGAAACGUAAAGCUGAAUUAGCCAAAGAAAAAGAUGAAGUUAAUGAGUUAACAGAUAAGUUGGAUAAUGAUUAUAAAGAAAUGAUGGGUUUAUUGAAUAAAGCGGGUAAGACUGAGUUAAACACCAAAAAAGUCACCGAUGAUUAUGAUAAAGCGUUGCGGGAAAUGAUAUUUGAGCCAAGAGGCGUUGUAACAGAUAAGUUAUUAUCUGAAGAGGAAUUGGCUAAAAGAGAAAAGGAACGUUUACAAAAACUGGAAAAAGAGCGUUUGAAACGCAUGCAGGCUGAAAAUGAAGAUGAAACACAGAAGAAGCCAAAUCAUCGUUCCGCUGAUGCACUUGAUGAUGGUUAUUUUGCUAAUGAUAAUGACGAAGAAGACGGCACUUUAGCGUAUACAUUAGAUGGUGAGUUGGGUACGCGGAUAGAUCAUGAAACUUCAACAUAUAAUGAUAUAAAAGUCAAUGAAAAUAUUGAAAGCAAUGCCGAAGCAACGGAUAACAAAAAUGAGGAUGAUAGUAAUGAAGAAGAUGAAGAUGUCGAUGAUGAGGAAGAUGACGAAAGUGAUGCAGAUACUGAUGAUUUGAGUGAUUUAAAACAAACUGAUUCUGAAGAAGAAAGUGAAAGUACACAAACAAAAAAAAAUCAAACUAAAAAAAGUUUAGAUCGAGUUGCUGAAAAUGGGGAAAGUGAAAAAAUUAAUCAACUUAAACAAAACUUGGAAGUCGACUUACCUUUUACGGUAGAUAUGCCUACUACAUAUAAACAAUUUAGUGCUUUAAUCGGUAAUCGGAAAGCUGCUGAGCAGGCUACUAUAAUCGAGCGUUUAAUCAAAUGCAAUCAUCCAAAACUAAUUGGAGUUAAUCGUGAGAAUGUAGUCAAACUAUUUGCUUUUUUGCUACAGUAUAUAAAUGAAAUGUUCGCCGACGCAACUCAGGACAACAUAGCGACACAGUUCGCGAUACUCGAUAAAUUAAAUCCAUAUUUAUAUGAUUUAGUGCACUUAAAUCCAGAAAAAAUGUCAGUUUUGUUAUUCAAUGUUAUUAAAGAAAAAUACGACGAAUUUCGUAAGAAUUCUAAAGUUUUCCCGGGUUUGGAAACAGCAAUUUUCUUAAAAUUAGUAUCAAAUUUCUACUCAACAUCGGAUUUUCGACACUGUAUAGUAACACCAUGUUACAUUAUUAUACAGCACAUAUUAUCAAAAGCUCGUGUGCGUACAUGCCAGGAUAUAUCUAUAGGCUUAUUUUUAGUAACCAUUGCAUUGGAAUUUUCUCAACAUUCUAAACGUUUUUUACCUGCUGUUUUCAAUUAUCUACUUGGUAUGCUCUAUCUAAGCAUACCAAAGCGACCGGUUGAAGUAUUCAAAAUACUACCACCAUUUCAAAGUUCUGGACCAAUGAGCAUCAUAUUGGCUAUACCGAAUGAUUUAAAAGGUGAAAAUAUAACAGAUGAAAUGAUGCUAAGCUUAGACUUGGUGACGACGACAUUUUCAACUGAGUUUAAAAUUCGUGCAUUGAAUACAACGCUUAAGUUAAUAGAGGAUGCCAUAAAUAAUAUAGGCGACACGAUAGGAUCAAACUAUAUAGCAGAGAAACUUUUAGAAAUGUUAGAACGUCUACCGGUUAAAUCAUAUCCUACUUUUGUUCAUAAAAAUUAUGACUCGGUUAUGGAAGCCGUAAAAGUUGUGGCUGGAAAGACUUUAACGAAAAUUGUACCACCAGAGAAACGACCAAGAGCUUUACGUUUACUGGAACCACGAAUUGAAACUGUAUACGAUGACAAACGACGACCUAAGCUGUCAAAGGAAAAAGAAGAAAGAGCUAAGCUUAUGCAUAAACUUAGACGAGAAACCAAAGGUGCAAUACGUGAGAUACGUAGAGAUACAGAAUUCAUACAAAAUAUGCGCAUACGACAACAGAUACAAAGUGAUAAGGAACGUCAUGAGAAAGUUAAACGCAUUUAUCAAGAAGCUUCUGUACAACAAAGCGAACUUAAUGAGUUAUCGCGUGCUAAGAAAAAGAAGAAAUUUUAAAUGUACUGAACUAGGGUUAAUUAAGAUAUAUGUUUAUGAGAUAAUUUAAAUGAUUAUCAACUAUAGAUAAUUUGAAAUGAUCAGAAUAGAAAGAAUGGAGAGAUAAAGGAUGGUUUCGGACGUUCACGAUAUUAGUUUUUGGAAUUACAAAACUAGUUUCUAAUUUAUAUACUAAUUAAAAUUAGUAUAUUUUCAUACUAACAAUAUAAUUAUGCAUUCAUAUUAUGUUAUAAUCCAAGCUCAAUUCUGUUAGAGUAUUUAUAAAGUAAUUAUUAAAUAAUUAUCCUAACUCAGAUCUGAAGAAUUUUCUCCAGUAAGUAACAGUUAUUGUUAGUACUUUUGCAUAAGCUGCAA